UUAUCUUUUAUCUUCAAAAGUAAAUACCUUUAAACCAACCACUUGAACUCGUACACAGAAAGAUUUUAUUAAGAAGUAAAUUACACUCUUAAAGAAUAUAGAACUGAUCUUGUCGUGGGAAUAACUGAGCCCUUCUGAAUUCUUUUUAAAGUAGCUUCAUUUUCUGUACAGAUGAAAAUGAAAGGCACAGUUUUAUUUCUAAGCUUCAUUGUGGCUUUAACAUCUGCAUAUACUCUCGUUUCAAAGCCUGAAAACUCUCUCUUCAAUUCUGACAAACGGGAUUUUCAUCCGGUCAAAACUGAUGAAAAAGUGCCAUCUGGAACUUCAAAGCUAUCUUCUCAUUUUUGCACAUGCUCGGGUCAAACAUGCACUUGCUGUGCUGACAUUCACGAAGAGUCUUUUCAUCUGAACGACACGUUGUGUGUUGAUGUGGGGUAUUUGAAAGAAGAUUAUGGGUUAAAAUUUGAGCUGACAUGGGACGGGAGAGCGAUCAUUUCCGAGGAGAUUUCAGGUCGCAAUCCUCCCCCGAUUUGCGCCGAAAUUCCGAUACCAAAAGCCGAGAAUCUUCUCAGUGCCUGCGUCCGUCUCAGCAACAUUUCAAUCUCUUCAAACAAUUUUGAGACAUGCAUAAGUGUGAACAUCCAUGCUGCCAUGAUAGAUGUUCUCACUGUCCAACUCGGAUGUCUGUCUAUCGGUCACAAAGACCAAGACUGGACGUGCGCCUACCACCACGAGUACACGAAACAUGACCACAAUUCACGACUUCCCUCGUGUGUGAACAAAUGUGAAAAGACACCAACGGUGUACAAUUCGAAAGACGAGUCCUCAAAAACGGCUUCAGUGAAACGAGUUCGAAGCAGGAGUUAUCAGAAGAAUGGUUGUUUUUAUGUCAGUAGCGAGAACGGCGUAAAUGAGUCGCCGAAGGAAAAGUUUACGAAAGUCGUAGAAAAAGUACAAUCUGAUUUGUGUAUUGUCGGUUGUGUGCCAAACGGCUACAUGUAAAAAUUGAAAAACCACUCAUUUUCAAAACAAUAUAAAUUUAUUCUUUGAAAAUAAAAACUACUUUGUACCUUGAUGGAGCAAAGGGCUGUGAUUGUUUGAUUAUAGUUAGUUAUCAAUUUUAUGGCCAUAACAAUAUUAAAUUCUUUGAUUGAAAAUUCGUCUGACCUGAUUCAUUUCUGUAACUUGA